GUCUUGAGAUCAAGCAUAAUCUGUGCUGGAAUUGCUGCCCUUUGAAUUCCAAGCUCAGGGCAAAAGUAGGGCAAAGGUAGAUACAAAGCAGAAGCAAAGAAAUAAAGUCUGAAGGAGCUGCAGAUGGUUUUUUUGGGGCUGUUUUUGUUUUUUUUUUUUUAAAGAAGGAGUACCUGAACAUUUACUUCUAUGCACUGAACCAUAAAUUGUUGGGUUUAAUAAUUUUCCAGCAGAAAAGAAACUGUAUUUGAGGUAUUCAGACUAUCAAACAGAAGGAAAAGCAGCAGCUCAAGACAUAUACCGCUUGGUUUAUGAAAACAGGAGUCACAUCUCUAGAUGAUGGAAAAAAAAAUUAUAAAACAUGGGAAUAAGGAUACAACACAGCUACAAAUGUGAGUCUGAAUUAAAAAUAAAAAUUGUCAAGAGAUCACUAUGUUCCAACUUGCAAAACUCUGCAUGUUACGGUGUGUUAAUAAUUUGGAUGUGCUGGUGAGCCCCACAUAAACUGAAUAUUUUUUAAUUGAAAACCUUUUCAAAACAAAAAACUGAAGAAUAAAUAAAUUAAGAAAGGUAUUUUAGGUGACUGUAUGGGGAUAGGAAAUGAAGUGGUGAGAUUUGGGGAAAUUCAGGCAUAGGUGAAGGAAAGUUGAAGUAGAGUGGAAGCUGGAGUAUCUGAGGCUUGAAAGUUGGAAAAAGGAAGGUGUGGAAGUCAGAGAAUCUGAGGAACUGGAAAAGUAUCUGAAGGAGAAGAAAGCCACCAAAAAGUAGAAGAGUAUGGCAGUGAUGAAGGAGAUUCUCCGAUCCAGAAACCUCCUACUCGUUGUUCUCAUUCCACUUCUGCUGCUUCCUCUGCCACUCAUAUACCCCAGCAGUGAAGCCUCAUGUGCCUACGUGCUGAUCGUGACAGCCGUAUACUGGGUCUCUGAAGCAGUACCUCUUGGUGCAGCAGCCUUAGUUCCUGCUUUCCUGUAUCCACUCUUUGGAGUCAUGAAGUCCAGUGAGGUGGCUGCUGAAUAUUUCAAGAACACAACUUUGCUCCUCAUGGGUGUGAUUUGCGUGGCAGCUUCUGUAGAAAAGUGGAAUCUCCACAAGCGAAUUGCCCUGCGCAUGGUCAUGAUGGCUGGAGCCAAGCCAGGCAUGUUGCUUCUUUGCUUUAUGUGUUGCACCACGGUGCUCUCCAUGUGGCUUUCCAACACAUCCACCACAGCCAUGGUGAUGCCAAUUGUGGAGGCAGUGCUCCAGGAGCUAGUGAAUGCUGAGGAGGAGUGUGAGGUCAUCAGUACUGCAGGCAGCACCAUCACUGAAGAAAAGAAGCCAAUAGGUCUCAGCGAAAAGCAUGACCAACCUUCACUGGAGCUUAUCUUCAUCAAUGAGGAUGCUACUACUACUGACUUCAGCUCCUUGAUGCACUCAAAGAGUAUGAAUGGUGUGCACAUGAUAGGCAACCCUGUUGGAACAAUGAAUUCUCAGAGCAAUGGGCAGCACAUACCCCAGACUCAGAUACUGGUCCUGCCUCCUGAGCCCUCGGAUCUAGGCCUGACUACUAAGUAUCGGUAUCAAACCAGACAUGACCACAUGGUCUGUAAAUGCCUCUCACUGAGCAUUUCCUACGCAGCAACCAUUGGAGGACUGACAACUAUCAUAGGGACCUCCACCAGCCUCAUAUUCUUAGAGCACUUCAACAAUCAAUACCCAAAUGCUGAAGUGGUGAAUUUUGGAACCUGGUUUUUGUUCAGUUUCCCCAUCUCCCUCAUCAUGUUGGUGCUGACUUGGUUCUGGAUGCAUUGGCUGUUCUUGGGUUGCAAUUUUAAGGAGACCUGUUCUGUGAGCAAAAAGAAGAAGACCAAACGGGAAGAAAUGUCAGAGAGAAGAAUUCAAGAAGAAUAUAAGAAACUGGGAAAUGUUAGCUAUCCUGAGAUGGUGACUGGAUUCUUCUUCAUCCUGAUGACCUUGCUUUGGUUUACUCGUGAGCCUGGCUUUGUACCAGGAUGGUCAUCUUUUUUUGAGAAGAAAGGUUACCGGACUGAUGCCACUGUGUCUCUACUUCUUGGUUUUCUCCUUUUCCUGAUUCCAGCAAAGAAGCCAUGUUUUGGAAAAAGGGAAAAAGGAGAUGGUGAAAAGUCAACAGACAUUAACACACUGGAUCCCAUCAUUACCUGGAAGGACUUCCAGAAGACCAUGCCCUGGGAGAUUGUAGUGUUGGUUGGAGGAGGUUAUGCCUUAGCAGCUGGAUGCAAGACCUCUGGCCUCUCUACGUGGAUUGGACGUCAAAUGCUCUCCCUGAGCAGCCUUCCCUACUGGGCUGUAACCCUGCUGGCUUGCAUUUUGGUAUCCCUGGUAACAGAGUUUGUUAGUAAUCCAGCAACUAUAACCAUCUUUCUGCCUAUUUUAUGCAGUAUGUCAGAAACCCUGCUUAUCAACCCUUUAUACACCCUGAUUCCUGUCACCAUGUGUAUCUCAUUUGCGGUGAUGCUGCCAGUGGGUAAUCCUCCAAAUGCCAUUGUCUUCAGUUAUGGGCACUGCCAGAUUAAAGAUAUGGUGAAAGCUGGCCUAGGUGUAAAUCUGAUUGGCCUGGCUGUUGUCAUGGUGGCAAUCAACACCUGGGGAAUUAGACUCUUCCAGCUGAAUUCCUUUCCAGAAUGGGCAGUGAUCAGUAACAUCACUAGCCAAACAUAAUCUUCAAUUAAAAAAAAAA